UCCCUGGACCGGAAGUGGAGUCGAACCGUCGCAGGGUGUGCCUGGCUCUACUCAACGCCCGGCAGUUCUUGCCCUCGCCGCCGCCCUCGGCCACUGCCGAGGCUUCCCGCAACCGCCAUGUCCGCCAGUGCCGUCUACGUGUUGGACUUGAAGGGCAAGGUGCUCAUCUGCCGGAACUAUCGCGGUGAUGUGGACAUGUCGGAAGUGGAGCACUUCAUGCCCAUCCUGAUGGAGAAGGAGGAGGAGGGGAUGCUGUCGCCCAUCCUGGCCCAUGGGGGUGUCCGCUUCAUGUGGAUCAAGCACAACAACCUGUAUUUGGUCGCCACUUCCAAGAAGAAUGCGUGCGUGUCACUGGUGUUCUCUUUCCUCUAUAAGGUGGUGCAGGUGUUUUCAGAGUACUUCAAGGAGCUGGAGGAGGAGAGCAUCCGCGACAACUUUGUCAUCAUCUACGAGCUGCUGGAUGAGCUCAUGGACUUUGGCUACCCCCAGACCACAGACAGCAAGAUUCUACAGGAGUACAUUACUCAGGAAGGCCACAAGCUGGAAACGGGGGCCCCGAGGCCCCCAGCCACUGUCACCAACGCAGUGUCCUGGCGGUCUGAGGGCAUCAAGUACCGGAAGAACGAGGUGUUCUUGGACGUCAUCGAAUCUGUCAACCUCUUGGUCAGUGCCAACGGCAACGUCCUGCGCAGCGAGAUCGUGGGUUCCAUCAAGAUGCGGGUCUUCCUCUCAGGCAUGCCCGAGCUGCGCCUGGGCCUCAACGACAAGGUCCUCUUCGACAACACGGGCCGCGGCAAAAGCAAGUCAGUGGAGCUGGAGGACGUGAAGUUCCACCAGUGCGUGCGGCUCUCCCGCUUCGAGAAUGACCGCACCAUCUCCUUCAUCCCGCCCGACGGCGAGUUCGAGCUCAUGUCCUACCGUCUCAACACCCACGUCAAGCCCUUGAUAUGGAUUGAGUCAGUGAUUGAGAAGCAUUCCCACAGCCGCAUCGAGUACAUGAUCAAGGCCAAGAGCCAGUUCAAGCGGCGGUCAACAGCCAACAACGUGGAGAUCCACAUCCCUGUGCCCAAUGAUGCCGACUCGCCCAAGUUCAAGACAACGGUGGGGAGCGUCAAGUGGGUCCCUGAAAACAGCGAGAUCGUGUGGUCCAUCAAGUCCUUCCCAGGCGGCAAGGAGUACCUGAUGCGGGCCCACUUUGGCCUGCCCAGUGUGGAGGCUGAGGACAAGGAGGGCAAGCCCCCGAUCAGCGUCAAGUUCGAGAUUCCCUACUUCACUACCUCGGGCAUCCAGGUGCGCUACCUGAAGAUCAUUGAGAAGAGCGGUUACCAGGCCUUGCCGUGGGUCCGUUAUAUUACUCAGAAUGGAGAUUACCAGCUCCGGACCCAGUGAGGGGUCAGUGCCCCAGCCCUGGUGCAGGGGCUCCUGGGGAAGUGCUGGAAGGCCUGCCAAGUCCGCUGGAAGGAGGACACCCCGACACCGGCCACCAUUCCGGCUCUGCCGGGAGACCCCUCCUUCUCCGGACAUACCUGCUCUGCCGGC